AUGAACAACCCAAACGACGAGGUCCAUGCUAAUAAGCUCUCGGCGAUUGUGGGGUCGUUAGAAAAGUUGAACCAAUCGGUGUCUACCGUCAACAAACUACUAGAAGAGAUUGUUCAAGAAAAUCACGAAACAGAAAUCAUUUCCGAAAUCUGGGAACAUUACGAUAAGGGAGCAGAAUUGAUGUUACGAUCACAGAAAUUGUCACAGCAGUAUCAAAAGAAAUAA